CCCCCUCUUUACUUCUUCUGAAAACUACACCUGACUUCCUCACCUCCCAUGCAUACGUCCUUUUCUCCCUCCUCUCCCCACCCCCUCUAUGCAUUGGGAACCCCAAUACCCAUACAUCAAUACAUACAAACAUACACGAGAGUAAGAGGGUUUUUUUAGUUAAGCGGUCAAUCCAACCCAACCCAAUCCAAUCAGUGAAUCAAAAGACGAGGAGAAUUGUAAUAACCAAGAAAAGCAAAACAAAAAAGAAACGCAGAAUUUGUUAAAUAUGUCGUCUUUUUCCCUUCCCACCACCUUCUCCCAACAUCCUCCUCCUCCUCCUUCCUCCGACCACCUCUGCUAUGUCCAUUGCAACAUUUGCGACACGGUUUUGGCGGUGAGUGUUCCUUGUGCUAGUUUGUUCAAAACGGUCACUGUCCGUUGCGGCCACUGCGCCAAUCUUCUACCGGUGAACAUGCGUGGUGGCAUGCUACUCCCUUCUCCCAAUCACUUUCAUGCCUUUCCUCCCUCCUCCACUCCUUUCUUCACUCCCAAUGCUCAUAAUUUUCUGGAAGAGAUCUCAAAUCCAAAUCCAAAUUUUGCGAUGAACCAAACCGAUGGAAUUGAUUUGACAAUGGUAACUCGUGUAGGCAAUGAUGUUCCAAGGGCGCCCUCAAACAUAAAUAGACCUGCAGAAAAGAAACAGAGAGUACCCUCUGCAUACAACCGAUUCAUCAAGGAGGAGAUCCAACGCAUCAAGGCUGCCAAUCCAGACAUCUCUCACAGAGAAGCCUUCAGCGCUGCAGCUAAGAAUCAGUGGGCCCACUUCCCUCACAUUCACAAUUUUGGUGUUCCUCCUCCCAACAACAACAACAACAACAACAACAACACACCCUAGGUUGCUUCUUCACCAGAUGAAAGUGUUUCCAUCGGGAUUCGUUGCUUGUCGACAUUUGAUGGCCUUCGUCCAAGCAAAGGUGUCGUCAAUGUCGUCCAUGGGAGAGCAAAGACGCAGUGAUAUUUGUCAAAGAUGUUUUAAGGCCAACAUCUAAAUUGGGGACUCAUCCUCUUCACGGUAGAGUGAAGCUUGAGUUUGAAGGCUUGAAGCGAAGCAAAACUCAAGUAACAUUGAGUCGAAACGUGUGAGGUUUAGACCUCUGAACUUGGAGAGCACAUCAAGAUGGAGCAAGGACGAAGCCACAGGACAUGGAGAUCGGCCACAACAAGCCUCCAAGGGAUAAAGCUACAAUGAAGUUUGAGACGAAGCCUCUAAGCUUGACGAUGGAGUGACAACGAAGCUUCCGAGCUCGAUGAUGGAGCAAUGAUAAAGCUUUUGUAAUGGAUUGAUGAAGAAGGAGCAUGAACCAAGCCUCAAAACUUGAAAAUAAAGUGCAAUGAAGCCUCUAUACUUGGCGAUAGAGGGAAAUGCCAAACCCCCAGCGAAACCAAAUAUUAAAAUCUCCAAACUUCAACCAAAUAAAACUCCUAAACUUGAAGGCAAAGUAUCAAACUUUGAAUGAGUGGCACGUCCAACUUGAAACAAGCACCUAACUUGGAAGGUGAAAUGUCAAACCAGGAACCAGCGAACAAAGUCCUAAGAUAUGAAACGAGGGAUGCUUUGAUCUUGAAGCAACCAAUGGCGCUUCUUUCCCCUCAGCUUAGAGCCCCCCUUCUCAAUGAAAAUCAACUCAUUUCAUACUCUCAUUAUACAAACUAACCAAAAAAUAAUUGCACGCACAAGUAGUACUAGUAGUAG